AUGGAGCGCUCAGUUAAGGCUGAGUUCGACAAAGAUGUCGACCAUAGCGACCUUCAUAUGACCGAUACCAGGCCGUCAUAUAAAUCCUGGAAAAAGAAGUAUCGAAAGAUGCGCAUCAAGUUUGACCACCAAAUGCAGGAGAUAGAGACUCUGCAUAAAUUAGAACAAAAGGCCAUGCGAACUGCUAAGCGUUUAGCUAUCGAGAACGAUCGCCUACUAGACUUGCUAUUUGAUAUCAACGAGUCACCCCAGAUCCCUUUCGAGCGACGCAUAGACCUUGGUUUGGAAGACGACGAUGAUGAUAGCGACUCAGACGCAACCCAAAAACCUACAAGAUCUCUAAGGCGACUAGAGGAGGACGUUCCACAUAGAUCGUUUGCCGCCACCGUUGAGCAAUAUCCAGAAAUCUUGGAUGACUUGGAACCUCGAGAUCCCCAGAUACACCCUACUUCAUUUUUAACAGCCGAUGACGUUGACGAGUAUCUCCACGAACUCGAUACGCGAUUGGGCCUAAAGCCAAAGCCCACUCUCGCGCCCAGCGCCAUUGGCAAGGAGAUCCCAAAUCCAGCCGCUAACUUUGCGCUGCGCAAUCCGACGAGCGUCUACAACUGGUUACGAAGACAUGCACCUAAGACGUUCCUCCAGGACCUUGAGAAGGAAAAGGAGAAGGAUAAAGGCAAAGAUAAGGAUGAUGGCCAUGAUAAGGACGACGACGGUCGGAAGCGCAAAGGCGGCGGGGCCGCACGGAAUAAGAGGCAAUCAGCUGUCAGCCGUAAGGAAAAAGAGAAGGAAGCUGCCGAGUCCGCGGACUGGGACGAUGAUGCGGGUUACGAUGCGCCGGCGAAGGGAAAGAGGAAAAGAGAUGAUGAUGGCGGUUACCGACCUAAAGGGGGAUCGAGCAGGCCUACGAAGAAGCGUAAGAGUAAAGACUUUGGAUCUCUUCCAACCAAAGCCACCCACUUGCCCACCCACGUACGCACGUACACACACGCGCGCGCACGCAGCAGCAGCAAGUCCCAGCCCACCAGCACCAGCACCAGCAGCACCAAGAUGCCGGAACGCAAGACAUACGUAGUGGAGCACCUGGACGCGGAGCUGGGGCCGUGGUCGGAGCUGGAGUACGCGGCGAUCGCGGAGGAGACGCAGCGGGUGCAGGGCACGUUUAUGCUGUCGUCGCUGCCGCGCGGGUUCAAGGUCCCGUAUAAGCUGACCGGGUUCCCGUCCUUCAUCGCCGAGGGCCGGAGCGUCGAGGAGAUUUACACGGACGAGGAGGAGAGGGACAGGGUGUGUCUGCUCGAUCCGCAGGCCGACAAGGACUUGAGCCCGGAUGAUAAGAGGGAUUUCGAUGUGUUUUUGUUCGGGGGCAUUCUGGGCGAUGAUCCGCCGAGAGAUCGCACGUCCGAGCUACGUAAGAAGGGAUAUCAGGGUCGCCGGUUAGGUCCUGUGCAGAUGACGACGGAUACGGCGGUGCGGGUGACGCGGAUGGUGAUCGAGGAGCAGUUCACGUUGAACAAGAUACCCUACCUCGACUACCCCGAGCUCAAGUUCACCGAGCACGAGAGCACAGAGAUGCCGUUCCGCUACGUGAAGGGCAAAGACGGAAAGCCGAUCAUGCCUCAGGGAAUGAUAGAUCUUAUCAAGAAGGAUGCCGACAAGAGUAUCAACGAUCUAUUCUAG